GAGACGAUUUGGAAGGGCGGGGCUUCGCACAGUCUCCUUGCUCACCUGCAGCCUGGACGCGCAGACUUUUUUUUCUGUACUUCAGCGAUACUUUCUGCGGGGAGUUUGUCAGAGAAACUGAGAAUCGGACUGAGCGCAUGCAGUUCAUCUGCGGCUCCUUCUGAAAAGGCUUAUUGUUCCUGCGCACAGCCAUUUGGAACUUCUAGGGCUGCUGGGAGUUGUAGUUCAGCUCGUGAUGGAGGGCAUUGGUUAGAUCUGCUUGCAAGCCUUGCCCAUACACAAAAUGGAAGUAUAGCAGACUCUUGCAAUGGAAUGGAAUGAAAAUUCAGAGGUGUCUUGUGACUUGGCUUAUUCCGAAGCACAAAGGUGGAUUGAGGAAGUCACUGGUAAAAACUUUGGGAACAAGGAUUUUCGUUCAGCUCUUGAAAAUGGGGUGCUGUUUUGCGACCUGAUUAACAAGAUUAAACCUGGAAUCAUCAAAAAGAUCAAUCGCUUAUCCACACCCAUCGCUGGCCUGGAUAAUAUCAACGUCUUUCUGCGAGCCUGUGAGAAACUUGGAUUAAAAGAAGCACAACUUUUUCACCCUGGGGAUCUUCAGGAUUUAUCUUCUCGAGUCACAGUCCGGCAAGAAGAGACAGAUAGAAGAUUAAAAAAUGUUCUGAUCACCAUAUAUUGGCUAGGAAGGAAAGCACAAGGUGAUUCAUAUUAUAAUGGUCCUUACCUGAAUCUAAAGGCUUUUGAAGGCUUAUUGGGGCAAACUCUGAUUAAGGUGCUUGAAGAAUCCAGCAGUUUGAAACGAAGCGGCAGAGAUAGUGGUUGUAGUGAUUUGUGGUAUAGUGAACAAAGAGACAGCGUUACUUCUCCCACUGUUCAUAAGAGAGACGAUUCCUGGGACAGUUUGGACUCUUUUGGUUCAAAGUCUUAUACAAGCUUCUCAUCAGACACAACCAUUAAAGGGAGCAGCGAAGGAGUAGAAAGUGAGACAGAAUCUGAACUUACUGACAAAAUGCAGGACAGCAGCAAAGAUGACAUGUCCCAUCGUAGGGUGUCGGCCAUGGAGCCUAAAGUGACCGCAAAUUUUAAUCAGUUUCUACCAAAUAAAACCAAACACUUCAAUAACAUGCCAGCACCACUGAGAAAAAAACGCAUAGAUAAAAAUGAAGAUAACAGGAGGAGCUGGGCAAGCCCAGUUUUCACCGAGCCAGAUGGCACAUUUUCCAGUUCGGACUCUGAGGAUGAUGGACCAUUGCCGGAUUUGGUGCUUGAUGAUUUAGCAAAGAGGAAAUUUCAUUUAAACAAAAAAGCACCUAUUUCUGCUACCUCUGGUGAUUUUUUAAGUCACAUUUUAAGUAAGGGUAUUCAACCCGCCUCUCAGACACAGCCACACAGCCAAGACCAGAAAACUGAUGGACAGAAGAAAACUAAAACUGUGUUAAAGGAUUCCUUUGAAUACUCCAGUCUGACAUCAGAUGAAGAUGACGAUUUUACAAGAGAAGUUCCGAAUCUUGUGAAUGAUGAUUUUUAUGUUCGAAAAGUUGGCUUGUCUACUCCUCAGUCCAAAUCGUCAAUUGAUAUGCUGUUGCCCAAUUUCUCUGCACAAGAAGAUGAUCAACUUAGAAAACAAAUUCGAAAAGGAGUGCAUUCCAGACGCUGGUACAAUGAGUUUCAGGGAUUCAGUAAGAAUUCUGCACAGAAUUUAGACUUUCUGUUGGCAUCUGGUCACGGGUCAGCUUUGACAACAAAUGUUGAUUCAGCAUUGAACAGAGAUUCUAUUUCACAGUCUGCCUCAAGCACAAAAAACAACAUGGAUGAGACAGAUGCAUCUGAAAAACCAAGUCAAUUUAUAUUACUUCAGGCAUUACAAAAGAUGUCAUCUGAUGCCUUGACAUCUAAAAGUGACCCCACAUCUGGUCCUAGAGUUGUUACUUCCUGUCAGAAGCCACUAUACGUGCAAAGUAAUCAGAAAGAAGAUGCCAUGGAAAUGUUGCCCAAUCUACAAAAUGAUGAUUUAUUUACACGGAAAACCAGAACCUUUCAUCUCAAUGAGGUUAUCAACCUUGGGACACCUUUAGUUCGGGUCUGUGAACUAGAAAAAGAUAUUAUAUGUCAGUCAAAGCCAGAGGAUUCAGAACUUCCAGAUUUAGUAAAGGAUGAUAUGACGAAUCGCAGAGUUCAGAGUGAACCAAAAGAAGUACAUAUAUCGGGUGCACCGGACAAUUACCAUCCUGUGCCUUUUCCAGAGCCAUGGACUCUACCAGAAGAUAUACAGUCCAAAUUCCUUUGCCCUGUGAAUAAAAAGCAAGAAUCGACUACAGAGGAUAAUUGUGGACGUGUGGUAAAGAUGUCUGACAAGCUGAAGAAAGAUGAUAUGUUGACUAGGAAAGUAAACUUAGGCCAGACUUCCAGUUCAUUAACACCAAAAAGUUUUAUCCCUGGGCCCUGCAAUGAAGAGGACUUUAAAAAGUGGGAGUGGAUUAGGGAGGCCAGCAAAGCAAGGCAUAAGAAAAGACUGCUGGUUGAAAGACUUCAGGAAAAGCUAUCCAUUAACUCGGGGAGCAAGUCUUUGGAAGCGAACACUGCAGAGGAACUGAUUAGCAACCGACAAGUUCGCUAUGAAGAAUUGCAGAAGAUAAGAAAUCAACUUCAGGAGCAGGAUCAGCAGUGGCAGAAUGAUUUAGCAAAAUGGAAGAAUCGUCGAAAAAGCUUCACGUCUGAUGUUCAGAAGAAAAAUGAUGACAGAGAAGAGUCUGAAAAAAUUUCUACUGAAAGUACAGAGCGAACAUACAAAACAUUCCGAGAGAUGCAACAGGAGAGGGAAACCCGAAAUCAAGAUAAUUAUUACUUGAACAAAGAAAGAUCAGAAGACCGGAAAAUGUACUCUUCCAAUGAUGAUAUUUUUGGUGAUGUAAAUGUACCAUCCAAGCGUAUGCUGGAAAGAAGCUAUACUGUUGCAGUGGAAGCCCCCUAUACCAUGAGUAAGGGCACUGCACAGGAUACAGCUAAUGCCCAGAAAAAGGAAAACAACAGUGGUGUAACAUCUGAACUGCCCCCAACAUCUCAUUCUACAGUUGAAACAGAUGGAAUUUACUCUUCAAAGGCAAACACCAGUUAUGCUGAGCAGGGCCCAGAAAAGUCUGAUUUCAAAACAUCCAAAUCACUGUUUGAAAGAAGUUACACUGUGGAAUCUGGCGCACCUUACAACAAUAAGAAAGAAACAAUUUAUUCCGUCACAAGUUAUGAAAAGCAGGACAAUGGCCCACCUAUGAACUCCGGUAGCCUGCUAGGCGAGCAACAUUCUUACAGCUCCUUUGUUACAGAAAGUAAACCCAUUCCAGGUUUAACUUCUUUGCCAAGAAGUUAUCAGAAAAAUGAUACUUCAAGAUUAACGGCAGUAGUUACCCCCAGGCCAUUUGGAAUUCAGUCAAAGGGAAUCACGUCACUUCCACGAUCCUUCACAAUGGAUGAUUCCUCCAAGUAUAAUGGGGAUCUUAGUUCUACAAAGAAUAAUUCCACAUUUAACUCCUACUUUAAAGUUGAAGAGAAACCCAACAGAACUCCACAAAGUAAAGAGGCUGAUGAGCCAGAUGAAAAGGAAAGCAUUAGAAGAAGUAUUUCACCUAAACCAUUCCCUGUGGUCAGUGCUGCUCCAGAGAAACACAUGAUUUCAGAAUCCGUAAAUGUCGCAUCUUCUGCAAGAGGGGUAGAACAAACCAAUGUUCCAGGGCCACUGGACCAGUACAGUGACCUGAGAAUCAGCAUUAACCAGAAACCUGGAAGCAGCCAUGACUUUGGGUUUAAAACAAGCUGGAACAGUGCUGGGGUCUUUGUAAAGUCUGUUGAUGUAGGGAGUCCAGCAGAAUUUUGUCAUCUGCAUGUAGAUGAUGAAAUUCUAUCUCUCAACGGCACAAAGGUUUCAUCAAUGGACUACAACCAGUGGGUGGAAACAAUGGAUCAAGCUGUAGAAACUGGAAACCUAUCUAUGGAUGUCAGGCGAUAUGGCAAGAAUGACUGGGGCAGAGACCCACCUUCCCUGCCAUACAAAAGCCAUAAAACCCUCAAUCUGACCAGUAUGGAUCCAAAACUUAUAGGUUCUCCUGAAAAUAAAUGGAUUGAUGCAAGCAGAUCACAAAGCACCUCCCUGAAAAAAGACAUCCCUGACUCUGGAAAUGCAACAAAUCUGUUAAAUGGACUACAGGAUUCUCCACAAAAAGCAUCUGAAUCUAUUUCAUUGAAAAAUUAUAAAAGAAGGUCGCAGUUUUUUGAGCAAGGAAGUUCGGAUUCUUCAUUACUUGAUAUGCCAGUUCCUUCAAUUAAUGUUUCAACACACCGGUCUUGGGAUCCAGAAGAUGAACGAAAACGUCAGGAAAAGUGGCUUCAGGAACAAGAACAAAUUCUGCAGGAAAAGUACAAACGUGAGCAAGAAAAACUGAGACAGGAGUGGGAACGUGCUCAACAGGAAGCAGAAAAGGAGAGAUUUCAGCAAAUUCAGCAAGAACAGACCCACUCUAGCAUGUCCAGAACAUCACCGUCAUCAUACUGGAAAACAUUUGGCUCUGAGGUAUCUGAUGAUAUGCAGAGCAGUGAAGAGGACGACAGACAGAAAGAACGACGAUCAGAGGAGGAACUAGAAAGUGAGAGACAAUGGAAAAGAGCAGAAGAAGAAAGGUUGAAAUAUUUGGAAGCUCAACAUCAUCAAGAGGUAGAGGAACAAAGACAACGUCAGUUGGAAGAAGAAAAUCUGCGUCACCAGGCAGAGGAGGAAAACCGGCGUCGUCAGACAGAGGAAAAUGAAAGAAAACGUCAAGAGGAGGAAAGAAAGAAAAAGGAAGAAGAAAUACAUCUUCAAAGAGCUGUGGAAGAAGAAAGACUGCGUAAAAAAUUCCAGGAAGAAGAGGAGCAGAGACAAAGGAAUAAUGUUUUAAAAUCAAAUGAUUCUCGUACCCCAGACGAUGGAAUAUCUGGGAGGCCACGAUAUGGCUUAGCCCAUUGGCUGAUUGAAGAUGAGCAAAAAAGAAAAAACAUGAAGCUAUCUCAAAGCAGUGUGCCAUCAGAAUUGGAGACCAAGCGAAAGCAAAUAUUUAAUCAGAUGAAAUAUCCUGAGCUGUACAGAGGAGAUCACACUGAUUCGGGCACUAAUGAGAGCACAGGAAAUCCGCAGCUGAGACCAUACAAGGAACAAGGGCAUGGUUCAGCAGAAGUGGACAGGCAGCGGAUCAUUCAGGAAAUGAGAAAAAGGGCAUCGCUCCAUAAUGACAACAGCUGGAUUAGGCAACGCAGUUCUAGUAUGACAAAGGAUACAUCAUCCCUUCCUAACUAUAUGAGAAGAGGGGAAUCAUUAGAUAAUCUUGACUCCACCUCAGGUUUGCAAAGAGUGUCUCCUUGGACAAAUCAGUCCUCAUCUUAUAACUCAUUGUCAUCCAGUCAAGACUUCAGUCGACCAUCUCAGGUUGUUUCCACAUCUAAUCGUACUUUCUCGCGCAACUCAUCCAAUAGUUUGCCACAGUCUUCUGCUGGCUCCCUUUCCCAAACUUCCUCUACUCUGCCUCAGACACAGCCAUCAUCCCAAAUAUCCAACCAGCAACGCAAUAAGUCAGUGAGUGGGAAGAAAUUGUGCUCUUACUGUAAUAACAGUCUGGGCAAAGGAGCAGCCAUGAUCAUCGAAUCUCUUGGUCUUUGUUUUCAUUUGCAGUGUUUUAAGUGCGUUGCAUGUGAGACCGACCUCGGAGGCUCCACAUCUGGAGCUGAAGUCCGAAUCCGUAACGGCGAGCUGUACUGCAAAAGCUGCUACAUCAGAUUCAAAAUGGGGCAGCCAACCUCCAUGUGAAGGUAAUGUCAGCCCGGAGCCUCUUGAAGAAGUAGCAGAAGAGGAAAGUUCUGAUGAGGAUAUGAAUGUGUAGCUGCAAAGUGGAAUUGCUGUUUAAUUCUCUAUGGUUGACGUUGUAGGACUUAGCAAUCUUGUAUUUUUGUAUUGCCUCUUGCAUUGGACCUUUCCCUAUGAGAUAUUUAUGAAAUGGUAAUCAAAUCUAAGAUAUUAUAUUUUCAGUGUUCUGAAUGCAGUAUGUAAAGAUAAAGUCUCUAUUUGUAUUUUCUAAAUAUUUUUGAAUCUUUCUGCUUUUCCACAUUUUUUGGGCAUCUGAAGAGAUUUUGUGGGAAAAAUAAAGCAAAUAUUUAAGAAACAAUGUUGCAAAAUAAUGACAGAAGUUACUGUUGCCGUCUAUAGAACAAAGUGAAAUCAAAUGCACUCAGUCUUUAAUGUUUUUUUUUUUUUUACUUAUCUCCAGACAUAUUUAUGUACGCUUAGCAUUAUAUAAGUACAGUAUACCUGCUUCAGGGUGAAGGUUGGACAUACUCUUCACUUUUACAGUAUUGUAUUCUCUUUGCAGAAAUCUACAACUGACUGCUGUUCCACAAAUGAUUACUGACAAUAAAUGCUUCUUUUCCUAAAGUUAUUCUUUCAGAAAAUAUUUAGGUUUUUUUUUUGUAAAUAAAAAUUUAUUUUGACUGCAUUUAAA